UCUGUUAGGUUGAGGCGCUCUGGCGAUAUGGGCGACUCUGCCCCGCCGCCGCCCCAACCCUACGAGAGUCCUUCGGAUCGCAUUCGGGCGUCGAGAGAGCUCGCGCGUCUCACGCGUCGAGAAGGAAAACCGCCUGUGAUCGGAGUCCGUCUUCAGGACGACAUCAUGGAGGCGGUAGGGUGCCCUUUAAAAUCCUACGCGAUGGGAUCUGUAGAUCGCAAAAACCAGAGUCAAUCGCCUCGUUCGACUGCUGCUUGGGUACGAAAAUCCAAUUGCGAUCCUGGGGAGAUGUCUACGUCAAGGGGAGGAAAGUCGACGGAGGGAAGAGCUACUUCAGAUCACGACGGACGGACGCGGGAUUUCCUCACCAUGGAAUUGGGUGGCCGUGAACCGACGACUCUGCAUGAUGGCCGAUGGACUAUGCAGCCGCGGAUGUCGCACAGGCCUCUGGGACUACUGACGGCGCCGCCGGCUGGUGGGGGUGAAAAAGGGGGCCUCGUUAAGAAGCCUACCCACCCGAAGCCUACUGGUGGUGCUUCAAUGGUUCCAGGGCAACGGCGUAGAGCCCUUUUGGCAUCUGAUCGGCAGCUGGCAAUGGAUGGAAAUUGGCAUGACGCAGAUGUGAAGGAGGAGAUGGGGUUACCACAAGGCAAUGAAGCGAAGAUUGGUGGAGCAGUUGAUAUGGGAGAUGAUGUAUACCUGGAAUUUGAUGAAGAAGAAACGAAGGAGCAAGAACCAAAAGAGCCCACGUCCUGGAAGCUUCUUGCAAGGUAUAUGGCUAGCUUCAAGCCGCAUACAAAAGCCAUGUUUAGACGGUUCAUCGAGGAGGUCUGGCACCUUAGAAGCGGCAUUGAGUACUCGGAGAAGGGGAAGAAUUACUAUAUGAUUACCCUGGUUUCCAAGGGUGACUACGAUUUCGUGAAGCGGGGAGGGCCGUGGAUUUUUAACCAAAAUGCCUUGAUUGUUACUGAUCUGGAUGAGUCCUUGCAGCCAUCUGAGACAGCUCUGAAUGCAGUACCGGUGUGGGUGCGCAUCUAUGAUGUACCAUGGGGGAAACAUAAUGAAACUUGGGGCUACCGCUACGGUGAUGGCUUGGGCAAGACUUUAGAGGUGGAUGUGCCAGCCACUGAGCAGCAGAAGAAGGAGUUCUUUCGGGUGCGAGUUAACCUGCCAUAUGAUCGACGGCUACAGACCCGUAUAAUUACAGGAGUGAAGGACAAACCACAAGAGGCAAAGGUAUUUAAGCUAAAGUACGAGCGCGUACCUUACUACUGUUCGCAUUGCGGCUUUAUGGGGCAUAAAAGUGAUGAGUGCGAGAAGAUGAUACUGGGAACGCCUUCCUUAGACUAUGAUGCCCACGAGCUAAGGUGUAGCCCCUAUAAAAAAUUCGAGUACAGAACCUACUUUGUGCCACCAGCAGGCCAAGCAUCGGCGAAACGUAAUUUGAGCUUUUCAAGCUUUGGCAGUGCAGGCUCCUUUAAACACUUUAACCAGACUGGGAGGAAGACAAGCAGAAGACCUAGUGUGUCACCAGAAUAUACACCAUCGCAGGAUGAUUCAGUGGAUGAUAAUAAUAGCAUGCCUCCUCUGAUGGAUGAUCCCCUACUAGCUGUUGAUGUUGAUCGCGAUGACGUGGAUGCAAACUUGGACAGGGAUAUAGGGCCGGUGCAGGCAGAAGUGGAGUCGUCCCUAGCUGCUCAGGUGGACGCGAUGUUGGUGACAUCCAACACAGUUGCACGGGAUGCUUCUGAGCCAAUUAUCCAGUUUCCUGAUGAGGAUGGCCAAGAGGAGGGCAAAGUACAGCAAAACCAUACUCACAUAGGUAUGACGGCUGAUAUGCUUGCACAGAUGCAGCGUAUACAAGCCCAACAUGGUGCAGCAUCGGGAAGUGGUAGCUGGGCUCGAGUGUCGCGUCCUAGUGACAUGAUACCGGCGUUGCAUGGGUUAUCAGACCUGCAGGUUUCCUUUGGUUCUUUAAGCGAUGUGGAGAUGCCCCCGGCUGAUACUAUCCUGGGAAAACGCAGUGCGGAGGAGCCGGAGGUGCAAGGCGAAUGUCUGGAUCUAGCCCUGGGGUUGGAUUAUGAUGGCCAGAAGGAAGGUGGUACACCAAAGAAGGGGAAGCUGCAGAACAUGGGACGGGGAGCUGAAAGGCGCGAGGUUGAGGUGGUCUACAAGAGGAACAGGAAACUGUCAGCAACCGGACACAAGCCUCCCGGUAAACUGAGGAGACCUAAUGAUGGGUCUCGUCAGGAGAAAUGAAUUGCCUAUCCUUCAACUGCCGGGGAGCCGGGAAUGCCCCGACAGUGAGAGAAUUGUCCGCUCUUUCCCAAGUCUGGAGUCCCCGUUUACUUUUUCUUUGUGAAACUAGGCAAAAUAAAAAUAAGAUGCGCCGUAUGCGCCAUAGGUUAGGUCUUAAGGGCUUUGAAGGUUUUAGUAGUAAUGGGAUGAGUGGGGGAUUAGCCCUCUUUUGGCAUGAGAGUCUUUCUGUAGAUGUUCAAGAAGUUAAUGAAAGGUUUAUUGAUGCGUAUGUUCGUGUGUCCCCUAAUGCUCCUCAAUGGCGUAUCACUUGUGUUUAUGGCGAACCUCGAGUAGAGGAUCGUUACCGUAUGUGGAAUAUGCUUAGACAAUUGAAGUCAAAUUCUGAUUCGCCUUGGCUAGUACUGGGAGAUUUUAAUGAGGCUCUAUGGCAAGAAGAACACUUCUCUAACACCCCUAGAUCAGUUGGCCAAAUGGAUGCAUUCCGUGAAGUUUUAUUUGAUUGUAAAUUAACUGAUCUUGGUUUUGCAGGGGUGCCAUAUACCUAUGAUAACAACAGACGUGGUCGUGCCAAUGUUCGGGUUCGAUUGGACAGGGCGGUGGCGUGCCCCGCAUGGAGAGACCGUUUUGCAGAUACGCAUGUCCAACACCUAAUAUCACCAGU